UUUUUUUUUUUUUUUUUGGUUCUUUUUUUCGGAGCUGGGGACCGAACCCAGGGCCUUGCGCUUCCUAGGUAAGCGCUCUACCACUGUGCUAAAUCCCCAGCCCCCCAUUAGAUCUCUUUAUGGGUCUCCCUCCUCCUCUCCCCAGACCUCCCUUCCCCUCCCUUCCUCUCCUCUUCUUUCCCUUUGGAUUUUGAGAAUCUCCCUGUGUAGUCCGAGAUUACAUAGUCCUGGGAAACCUUGAACUUGCAACCCUCCAGCUUCAGCCUCAGCCUCCGGAGUGCUGGGAUCACAGGCGUGUGCCACUGUCCUCCACUUAGAUACCCUGCCUGUUUCUAAGUAAAAGUAUAGAUUCAUCGAAAGUGUGAGCGCCUGCCACAGAUUAAAAACAGGCUCAAGCCAACACGGGGCUCAAGAGUGGACGAUCCACUUUUAUUUUUGGCUUCCCCUGAGCUAACUGAGGGAUAUGUGUGCCACACACUUAAUUUCAAAGGCAUUUUUUUUCUCUCUCAGAGAAUGCUCUGACCUUUUGAUCGUAUUAGCAACAGAUUCCCUGGCCUAUAGCCUCAGCUUUCUCUCUAAAACACUAUCCUGAUGGCCAGCCAGGCUUUUGUUUUAAAAUCAGUUCCAACCAUCAAGUCCCAGGCGUGUUGAUUUGCUUUAUUGGUCUUUAGUGGUCUUGCUAUGUUGCCCAGGCUGGUCUCUAGCUCCUGGGCUCAAGCAAUCCUCCUGCAUCAGCCUCCCACAUAUCUGGGACUACAAGCUCACACUAUCAUGCUAAGCUUUGAUAAAGCAGAAUCACUAUUAUGUAUCAUAAAGCAGAUAUAAGAUAUUUUACAUCCUGCAUCUAUUCUCCUCUCCUCCCGUGUGUGUGUGUGUGUGUGUGUGUGUGUGUGUGUGUGUGCGCACGCGCUCGAGUGCGUGGAAGUCAUAGGAAAAGCUGUGGAAGUCGGUCUCUCCAUCAUGUGAGUUCUAAGGGUAAGGACUGAAUUCAGUUUCGCAGUCUGGUGUCCAGCACCUUUACCUGCUGAGCUAUCAAUGUUUGGCAUUUGAGCUUUCAAAUACAUCAUUUGACCCGGAUGUGGUUGGUGCUACACACCUGUAACCUCAGCACUCAGGAGGUGGUAGAGACUGGAGGGUCUGGAGUUCAAGGUCACACCCUGCUGUAUGGGUGUUUGAGACCACUCUGAGUUAGACACAUUGUCAAAAACAAACAAACAAACAAACAAACAAACAGGAAGCCACGUGCUUCUAGUGAAGGCUUUCAGUAGGGGUUACUAGGACCACCAAUCAGUGAGACAACACUUGAAAGAUUGAAAUCAAAUCUGACAUACUAUAGUUAAUCUCCUUUAAUAGAGGUCAGUGUGUCAACCUGAGGUCCCUACUCCAUGACAGUGUGAGCCUAGGGCCAAGUCAGAAGAGGCUGGGAAGCUGCAUUCUCUCAAACUUUGAGAACACAGCGUUGGUGCCAAUUGAUGACACAUCUGUUUCCUAGGAAGAAACAAAGCCGCAGCACGACUGUGCAGUUGGUAUGCAUGGUGAUUUGCAAAUCUGGACCACUUCCUGUUCCGAAACCAGUUGUGAAAUUUGUUUGGGCAAGUUGCCCAACCAGGGAGUCAAGGGAAGUUGCCAACUUGAUUUCUGGCCGAAGGAAGUUCUUUGCAGGUCUCUUGGGUUCACUCAGCUGAAUAGCUCAGGAAUAUGGCACCUAAAGAAAGGGCUGAGCACAAGGACAAAUGGGCAACAGCCAAACAUCAUCAGUGGUGAGCAGAGAUCUCCUGUAACCCUAGGAUAGCCUAAUCUCCACUACGUAGCUGAGGCUAGCUUUAAACUCCUGAGCUACCUGCCUCCAUCUACCAAAUGCUGGGAUCACCUGUGUGCCACCAUAUCUGGCUUUGAUGGAUUCCUCUUGUAUAGGAUCAACUAAGUUACAAUUUGAUAAAAUACCCAGGUGAGACGUUAAGCAACCUCCCAGAGCCACACAAACAGAAUUCAAACACUGGAUCUCGACCUGGGUGAUCUGACCUCAGAAUGGUGCCUUGUCUCCGUACUGUGCAGUCUCACACCAAGUGGAAGAAAAUGAGAAGCUACCAAAGGCUUUUUCAACAGCCGCAGCCAUGAGCAAAGUUUCACGCGACACCCUCUACGAGGCGGUGCGGGAAGUCCUGCACGGGAACCAGCGUAAGCGCCGCAAGUUUCUGGAGACGGUGGAGCUGCAGAUCAGCCUGAAGAACUACGACCCUCAGAAGGACAAACGCUUCUCGGGCACCGUCAAGCUUAAGUCCACCCCUCGCCCCAAGUUCUCCGUGUGCGUCCUGGGGGACCAGCAGCACUGUGAUGAAGUCAAGGCCGUGGAUAUCCCCCACAUGGACAUCGAGGCGCUCAAGAAGCUUAACAAGAACAAGAAGUUGGUCAAAAUGCUGGCCAAGAAGUAUGAUUAUGAUGCCUUUUUGGUCUCUGAGUCUCUGAUCAAGCAAAUCCCACGUAUCCUGAGCCCAGGCCUAAACAAGGCAGGCAAGUUCCCCUCCCUGCUGACACACAAUGAAAACAUGGUGGCCAAAGUGGAUGAGGUGAAAUCCACAAUCAAGUUCCAGAUGAAGAAGGUACUGUGUCUGGCCGUUGCCGUCGGCCACGUGAAGAUGACCGAUGACGAGCUAGUCUACAACAUCCACCUGGCUGUCAACUUCUUAGUGUCCUUACUCAAGAAAAACUGGCAGAACGUCCGGGCUCUGUACAUCAAGAGCACCAUGGGCAAGCCCCAGCGUCUGUAUUAGGAUGCUCCAAUAAACCUUGGUGCUGCCCCCCCCCCCCCCCAAAUUAAAGCUCAAUCUAAGGCCAGCAUGUUGCAAUGCCUCUAAUCCUAGCACUCAGGAGGUAGA